AUGACCGCUUUUCCCAUCGACACCCUCUCCGACGUUUCUGACAGCGACGGCUGCUCUGAAACACCCCACAUCUCCCCGAAGUCAACUUUACAAGCCCCAUCGUCUUCUAUAGAGUUCAGAUUCAAGGGUCAUGAGGAUGUUAUGCGUGAUCCAGAGAUACUCCGCUGGUGGAAACGCCGGUUUGACCUCUUUGAGCGGUUCGAUGAGGGUAUCCAGAUGGACAGAGAGUCAUGGUACAGUGUGACGCCGGAGGAAAUUGCCAGGAAUCAGGCGAAAACCUGCACAUGCGACUUAAUGGUGGACGCGUAUGCUGGAGCUGGAGGGAACUCCAUCCAAUUUGCGCGUACCUGCGGCUUUGUCAUCGGCAUCGACAACCGUCUGGAUCGUCUAACUGGCAUCUUCACUCCAAACACCCGCGUCUAUGGCGUCUCGUCCCGCGUUGACUGCGUCUGUGGCGAUGUCACACGCAUUCUCCGCGCCUUGCGUACUGACGCUUGCGUCGAUACCGUCUUCAUGUCACCCCCAUGGGGGGGUCCCACCUAUCCCCACCACCGUCCCCUCCCUCCCGGUUCUGCCAGCUGGAACAAGCGUCGACGGCGCCAGCACAUCAUUGCCGAGAUGAGAGCAGCCAAAGAUGAUGGCGUCUAUGACCUUGCGGCGAAUAUUCCCAGCCUGACGGAAGCAAUAGUGGCGGCUAGAGGUCUAUUUCCGGCACGCCCGAGAAUUGCGGUGUACCUACCACGUAACUGUGCGUUGGGACAGGUGCUUAAACUCGGAUGGACUGGAGAGAAUCUGGAAAGUGUGGAGGGACGGGAGGAAGUGGUGGUAGAGGAUUACUGGGUUUGUCGACGUUGUGUCAACUCGACCAUCCCAAAUCCCCUCGCCUCUCACUCAUCCACUCGCUUCCUGGAUUCCCCCAUUUCUGGUCCAUUCAUCCAUCUAAGAGUAAUCAAUUCUAGGGACCCUCGUCUCGAGACCACAUAG